AUGGCCGCUGAACCAGAAUACCCAAACGCACCACCGAAUCGAGUAACCGUAAUAGCGGAGCGGUCAGAAAUGCCAACAUCCAUUCUUCCACCCGCACAGGUGGAUGGAACUGGAAGUGCUCCUGUCAGUCCACCUUUGCCUGCUUUGGUAAAAAGGAUGGAAAAUGAAAUGGAAAAUCCUUUUCGUCCUGAGGACACUCUUUUUCAUGAAGUUGAUCCAAUCGUUGAAGCAUAUAAAAGGAAACCUUAUCCACCAUCACUGCCCGGAUCACAAAACGCUUCUCCUAUAAAGAAUGGCAAUCAAGCUUUUGUUAAUGGUCUUUCACCAUCUUCUUUAAUGGCAGAAAAAGAAUUUGAGAAGACAGUAACAGAAACAACACCAUUAACGGAUGUAAUGAGAAAUGGUCCAGCAAUUGAUGAUUUGCCCAAAGCCAGUCAAGUCGAAUGUGUUCGCAUCGAAAAACGAAAGUGCGGUUGCUGCAGUAUACAAUAG